AAACAUCAUCUUUAAACCUCCAAACCAGACCAGAGACUGGGAGGAAGCUGUUAUCCUCUUCUUCUCCUCCAAUGUCGAGAGGACCAGGUCGUCUGAUACAGAACGUGACACAGUUCGCGGAUGCUCAGUUCAAGCAAUUCUCGACUCGUCAUGGACAAAAGGUCAUAGACAUCCUCGACUUCCCAAUCAAACUUGUCUUGUCUCCUUUCACUCUCGCCUUCGACAUCGCUGGCUCUGCUCCUCGCGGCUUCGGCAUCCCCGAACUCAUCUCCAAGAUAUCCUAUCUCUCUGUUUUCGUGAGUUUCUUUCUGCUCUCCUCUUGUUGGCGGUUGCUACGCUUGGGACUUAUGACAUUGCCUUGGAUUUGGGGAAGAAAGUCAUAUGCCAAAGGUUCGGUCGAUGAUCUCAUUCAUUCUUUCAGGGAUUGCAAAACUUGUAAUGGGUGGCAGGCGUUACGAUGCACCAUGUGCAAAGGAACAGGGAAUGUUCAUUACCAGAUCAAAGACUACAACUUGAGAAGUGGAGAGAAACCAACAGCAGAUUGUGUUGCAGAUGCGAUAGUGGACAAUCGAGCUGAGUUGGUUCAUCUUCCUUCCUCCCUCAACCUUACUGCACCCUUGCCAACGAAAGACUGCCCAACUUGUGAUGGAACAGGUGUGAUGAGCUGUACCGAGUGCAAGAACAAGCUGCAAGUCAGGAUCUCAGCUGAUGAUAUCAUGGAACCUCCAUGGAAAGCAUACAAUGUGCUGCGGAAGAUGGAUUAUCCCUACGAGCACAUUGUUCACAGCAUGAAAGAUCCAAGCAUCGCAAAUUUCUGGUUGAUCACUUUGCCUCAGAUUGUUGGUGGGUUUGAUUAUGAUGAAGAUGUCAAGAAGAAAAUAUGGUUGCAGUACGAGGAAUCUAUGCGCUAUGAUCAACUUAGGGACUUGGUGGCUAAGAGAAACCCUGGCUGGGAGUAUUUGCAGGAUGCCUUAUUCUCCAUUGAUCCUGUCCGUGCUCAGGAAGACCCCGUCAUUGUGAAAAAUGUACCUUUCUACAAGGCUAAGAAAGCACUAGAAGCUGAAGUCACAAAGCUCAAUCCACCUCCUCGUCCUCAGAACUGGGGUGAACUGAAUCUCCCGUUGAAUACUUCCUCUUGGAGUGAAGAGGAUCUCAAAAACCCUGCAAAGCUGUACGAGAAGACAGUUCUUCUCAACGCGCAAAGAGAAAUAGCAGACAAGAUCUUGGAUGCACAAUGGGAAGCUAAAUGGCGUCAAGAGAAGGUAGAGGAAAUGUUGGAGGAGAAAGUGAGACCGUUCAUCCAAGACUCAAACAUGGCUGUUCUUCCGCAGCCCAUCUUGUUGAAGUCUCAGAAGACUAAUCAAAAGGGGAACCGGCAAAAGAAGUGGUGGUUCUUUUAACCGUCCCGGUUUAUUGGAACAGAGCUAGAUAAAUGGAUUUUGAAUUGUACUUCAUUGAUGAAUAUGUUUUCACGAUAACUUGGUGCGUCUUGGAUUAUAAUAUACUUGACGUGAGCCUGUCAAUCUUUAUAUUAGAAAAAUAUUGUUAUUUGAGGACAUCUUUAUAUGACCGAUUCAUCGCGUA